AUGACAUUCUCUGAUGACAAGAAGAACAGGCAUUCAUGGCCCAAGUUGGUCGUCAGAAAAUGGCUGAAUAUAAAGUCAAAACCAGAAGAAUUUCACGCUGAUGAAAUUAUUCAAGAAAAUUUGCUGAACAAUGCUACAACAUAUGACACACUGGGGAGAGUGGAGCCAUAUAUAUCCCGCAAUACGAAGGAUCAAGAUCUCAGGGUAUUUGUGGGAACAUGGAAUGUAGGAGGUGAAGCACCCCACACUCACAGUGGCCUCAAUUUGGAUGAAUGGGUACAGCCAUCAUCAGCUCCAGCGGAUAUCUACGUUUUUGGCUUUCAGGAAAUAGUCAUUUUGAAUGCAGGGAAUGUGUUGUGUGUAGAAGACAAUGGCCCUGCUGCAAAAUGGUUGGCCUUUAUUCGCCAGACAUUAAACAUAAACAUAAAUCAAAGCAGCAUAUCAUAUAGUCCCUCAUCAGAUAGAUCCUCAUCCAACUCGAGUGAGAUGAAUUACAGAUUCAAUCCAAGUGAGCCAAAUUACUGUUUGGUAGCCAGCAAGCAGAUGAUUGGUGUGUUUCUCUGUGUUUGGGUGCGUAGUGAUCUGAGACAGCAUGUCCGAGAUAUAAAAGUCUCUUGCGUUGGUUGUGGGCUAAUGGGUUACCUUGGCAACAAGGGUUCUGUUUCGAUCAGCAUGUUAUUCAGUCAAACAAGCUUCUGCUUUGUUUGUACUCAUUUGACAUCAGGGGAGAAAGAAGGUGAUGAGCUACAGAGGAAUUCUGAUGUGAGGGAGAUCAUAAAGAAGACGCAUUUUCCCCAAACAGACAAGAUUUUCUCAGAGAAAUCACCAGAAAGAAUUUUGGAGCAUGAUCGAGUUAUUUGGCUUGGGGAUUUGAAUUAUCGUCUUGCACUCCAAUAUGCUGACUGUAUAGAACUCAUGCAGAAAAAUAACUGGGAGACUCUGUUGGAGAAAGAUCAGCUUCAAAACCAGAGAGAAGCAGGACAUAUAUUUGAAGGAUGGAAUGAAGGGAAAAUAUAUUUCCCUCCUACUUACAAGUACUGCAGAAAUUCAGAUCAAUAUGCUGGCGUAAAUCCUAGAUCAAGGACGAAACGACGCAAACCAGCAUGGUGUGAUCGUAUACUUUGGUAUGGUGAAGGUAUAAGACAACUUUCUUAUGUUCAUGGAGAAUCAAAAUUUUCAGAUCAUCGGCCUGUUUAUUCAAUGUUUGUAGUAGAAGAAGAAAUGCUCAAGAAAAGUAAACUAAAAAAUACUUUGAUUAGCUUAGGCGUGGGAUUCCAAAAUUCAUGGCAUAAGUUGGUUGUCAGGAAAUGGCUGAGCAUAAACUCAAAACCAGAAGAAUUUCAAGCUGAUGAAAUUAUUCAAGGGUUCUGUUUCGAUCAGCAUGUUAUUCCAGCAGACAAGUUUCUGCUUUGUUUGCACUCAUUUGACAUCAGGAGAGAAAGAAGUCGAGUUAUUUGGCUUGGAGAUUUGAAUUAUCGUCGUGCACUUCAAUAUGCUGACAGUAGACAACUCGUGAUAAAAAAACACUGGAAAACUCUGUUGGAGAAGGAUCGGGUUGUUACAUAA